CGGAGAGCGACCUGCACAAUCAUCAAAACGUCCCUUUAAUGCAAAUGCCAUUUCUAGAGAGAGAAACAAUUACAGCAAGCACACAGCCAGGCCCACAUCACAAACGCCAUUUCUAGAGAGAGAAAGUGAGGAUGAGUUUUCUAGAGUGAGAAAAAUAAAAAAUAAAAAUAUUAUAGUGUGUUACCCGCGCCAUAAGCGGAGGGCUAAAAAGUUCAGCUAAAUUUAGCUGAAACCCCGUAAUUUGUUGUUUUCUCCUCCAAUGUACACCGCUAACCAAACCCAACCCCAUCAUAAAAAUCCAGCGAUUUAGGGCUUGUUUCUUUUUAAUUCUUUCAAAUUUAUAUCUGGGUUUGGGUUUAUAUACGUAUUGAUAAAUUUAUUGUACUAUUGUUUCUAUUUGGUUGGCUUUUUUUGUUUUUUUGUUUUUAUAUUUUGGGGCAAUUUGUUGUUCAUAUAGAUCUAUGUUAGAGUUAGAUUUCCCUAGGGUUUGUGUUUCUCGAACUCUCCGUUUUGGAGAGGAGAGAGCUGAGCUUUCAUGUCACAUUAGGGUUUGUGUUUCAAUUUGAUGUGUUCUUUUGUAAAAUAUCAGAUUGUUAUGAAAUUGAUUUGCAGAAAUUAACGCGGUCUAUGGUUUCUCUCUCUCUAUCUCUCUAAAUUUCUUCCUCUGUGUUACUCUCUGCCUUUGCGAGUUUUCUGUGCAUAUACAGAUGAGUUGCUUUCCUUGCAUCCGAAAGGAUGUUAGGAAUUAUGACGAAGAUAUGGCGGAUCAAUCAGUUCAGUCUUCAGAAAAUGGGAGCCGAAUUGGAUCUUCGAAUGGGAAAGGGAAGGUAGUCUCUGGUGUAAAGGGCAAUGUGGCACGCAGCUUCACAUUCCGUGACCUUGCAACCGCAACAAAAAACUUUAGGGAAGUUAAUUUGAUUGGAGAAGGGGGUUUUGGAAGGGUUUACAAGGGUCGCUUGGAAUCAGGGGAGAUUGUUGCAAUCAAACAACUUAAUCUCGAAGGCCUUCAAGGAAACCAGGAAUUUAUUGUAGAGGUUCUUAUGUUAAGUUUGCUGCACCAUCCCAACCUUGUCACAUUGAUCGGUUAUUGCACUGAUGGAGAUCAGAGACUAUUGGUUUACGAGUAUAUGCCGAGGGGUAGCUUAGAAGAUCACCUUUUUGAUAUUGACACUGAUAAAGAGCCAUUGGGUUGGAGUACACGAAUAAAGAUUGCUGUUGGUGCAGCUCGAGGCCUUGAGUAUCUCCAUUGUAAAGCAAAUCCACCUGUCAUUUACCGUGACUUGAAAUCGGCAAAUAUAUUGUUGGACAAUGACUUCAAUGCCAAGCUCUCAGAUUUUGGACUUGCUAAACUGGGACCUGUUGGUGACAAUACUCAUGUUUCGACAAGAGUAAUGGGAACGUAUGGGUACUGCGCCCCAGAGUAUGCCAUGACUGGCAAACUAAAUCUAAAAUCUGACAUCUAUAGCUUUGGUGUGGUUCUGUUGGAGCUUAUCACCGGGCGCAAGGCAAUUGACGGUACUAAAAAGCCGGGAGAGCAAAACUUGGUUGCUUGGUCUCGCCCUUUUCUAAGUGACCGAAAGAAGUUUGUCCAGUUGGUUGAUCCAGUGCUGAAAGGACGUUUCCCACUCCGCUCUUUGCACCAUGCAGUUGCCAUUACAGCAAUGUGUCUUCAGGAGCAAGCAAAUUUCCGCCCCCUCAUUGGUGACAUUGUUGUGGCACUUGAGUAUUUAUCCUCUAAAACAGAGAGCUCAGAAUCCCGUAGGGGUGCGCCCCGCUCUCCCCCACCACCAUCAUCACCUUCACAAAAGGACAGAAACAUUUAUUCCUGAGAUCGAGAUUUGCAGAACAUUUCUGCUUCAGUUUGAUGGAUGUUGGGCUUAAGCUUCUGGAACACUGAUAAAUAUACGACGCCAACCUAGAUUCGGUUUCAGAAGGCUUAGUACAAUAAGAGGGAAUCAAAGAAAAGUCGAUUUUCUUGCUUUUGUAGAAGCAUGAGGUAAGUUCUCCCGGAUUCAUCUUGCUUACACAGUUUCCAAUUGACAUUUAAGAGAAGAUGGCAAUAGGUGCAACCAUGGUCACAUUAAUUUCUAAUAUCACGAAUGUCGAUUCCCCAAGUGCUGGUUGUUAUGCUCUGUAUAGAAUGGCUGUGUUAUGUUGCAACCGCUGUAAUUUAUUCCUUCAUCAUUUUUUUUUUUACCCCUUCUGUACAGUGGGAAGUAAUAUAUAAUUCAACAGAUGUUCUGAUAUUCUUCUUCCAAAAAGAAAAAGAAAAGAGAGAAUGUUUUUGUGUUCUA